AUACACAUUUGUACAUAUUUAAGGUGCUGUUUGCGAAAGAAACUGGCUUAAAUUUAACAAACACAAGCUGCUGUUUACAGUAGCUGCUGCCGAGAUGUCUACUUCAUCCGUGUCGAAGGGCUGCUUCGUUUUCAAGCCGAGCGCCAAGAAGAAGAAGAAGCUGCAGAGUUUGGAGAGCUACUUCACGGACGGCUGUGAGGGAGCCCAGAGCAGCGAGGCGCGGUUCGGCCUCUGUCAGCAUCUGUGGGACCGAAUCAAGACGGAGACCGGGGUUUUGCAGGAUGAACUCAACAGGAAAAUCUUGGACAGUUUGCUGGACUUCACCAGGAAGUGCUCUUCCACUCGACAGCACAGCGACUGGGCGUCGCAGAUGAGGGCCAGCGAGAUCCCCACAGCAGCUCUAGUUCUUGGUGUGAACGUCCCAGAUCAUGACAUGACCUUCCAGAGUCUGUCUGAGCUGCUCCAGCAGUCCGUCACUCCUCACGUGGCCUCGGUUCAAGCCAAAGAAUGUGGAGCAAUGAAGCAUUUGAUGAAGCGAGUCCUGGAGAGGCUGAUGGAUACGGCUGUGGAUGAUGACGAAGAGGAGGAGACUGAGCAGAGCGGCGUUCAGCUCCACAAGAGUGUGCACUGCUCUUUCAGUACGCUCUGCGACUGGUACAUCACAAAGACGAAGAAAUCCAGCAGUGGGACGCCUGGAAAGAAGCGCAGCUCUCCAGCCAGAGAGCAGCAGCAGCAGCAGCCACCUGUCGUCAUUAUAUUCAAAGAUUUGGAGGCUUUUAACCCCAAAGUUCUUCAGGACUUCAUUCUCAUCUGCAGCCGGUACAUCGAACGCCUUCCUCUGAUGUUCAUCUUUGGGAUCGCCACGUCACCGAGCACCAUCCAGCACAUGCUGCCUCACUCCGUGUCGUCCCUGCUGUGCAUCGAGCUCUUCCAGUCCUUGUCCUGCACACAGCACCUGGCCACCGUCAUCGACAAGCUGAUCCUGACGCAUCAGUUCCCGUUCAAGCUCAACGGGAAAGUGAUGCAGGUGUUGAUUAGCAUCUUCCUCUACCACGACUUCUCAGUGAGAAACUUCAUCAAGGGCUUACAGCUGGCCCUGCUGGAGCAUUUCCACUCUCAGCCUCUCAGUGUGCUUUGCUGUAAGAAGAAGGAGGCUCUGCUGAACCUGACACAGCUCAGCCACGGCGACCUGGAGAGGAUCAGGCAGCUGCCCUCGUUCAGGAGGUAUGUAGAGAAGCAGGAAUCACAGGAACAAGUCAAGCUGAUGACGGAUGACGGCCAUUUAAAGGAGGAGUGUCAGAAACUGAUAAAAGGCUUUCACAGGUACCACAAGCACUACUAUCCCGUCCUGAGGUGUCUCCACACUCUGACCUCAGCGCUACCUCGAUAUCCUCUCGGGAAACAGAUCAGGGAGCUUCACUUAAUAUGUCUGGAGAAGAAUGUAUGGGAGAACGAGGACUACCAGUCAGCCAUGAAGCUUCUCAAGAUGCUGGCGAAAGACGAGCUGAUUGCUUUGCUGCAGAGGUGUGCAGAGACCCUGCAGUCCACCAAAUCAAAGAAAAUGAACAAAGCUGCUGCUCAGCUGGAGGAGCUGCUCGCCAGGUUCAAGCAGCUGGACACAGCUGCCACUGAAAUGGCCCCGACCGUGGACGACAGCGUCACGUCUCCGAUCAAAAACCUUCAGAAGAAAACCGACCUGUUCCAGCUGCAGAAGACGCUGCUGGAGAUGAACGAGUCUCGGAGAUCGAAGAAACUGAGUCCGUUCGAGGUUCUGAGGAACGAAGCCCUCGAGUUUGUGGACAGUUUGGUGAAGAGUCACCUGUCUCCCCCGGAGUCUCAGACGCUGCAUGAAGUCUGCUACUACAGCUCGUCUGCCGUCGUGAGGCGCCACCUCAACGCAACACCUCGUACCUCCAUUCAGGCAGCGCUCAGCAGUCCCUACUACUAUCUGCAGAACGAGAGCCUGAAGACUGAAGACGGGACGGUUUCUAACGCAGCUCCUGAUAUCUGCAUCGCAUACAAGCUCCACCUGGAGUGCGGCCGACUGAUCAACCUGUACGACUGGAUGGAGGCGUACGCCACCGUGGUCUCGGCAGCCGAGGGUACCGAUCCAGAUUCCGACAGCUACGGGAAAGUGGAUGAAGUCAAACACGCCCGUUUCAUCCGAGCCGUGUCAGAACUCGAGUUUCUGGGCUUCAUCAAGUCCACCAGACAGAAGACCGACCAUGUGGCCCGCCUCACGUGGGGAGGCUGCUGAAGAACGGACAAACCUGUACAGUUGUAGAUAUCAUCUCAUUUCCCAUCGACUUUGACGUGGAUUUGUAUUUUUCUCUCUAAUAAAAGACACAAACGACUGAU